UCAUCUCAUCCCAAAGCCAAAGGUGUCGCUUCAGAUUCUGCUAGUGAGGCGGCUGGUCUUUUGAAAUGGAAAGGCAGCUUUCAAAACAAGAACAAUAGCUUGCUAGCCUCGUGGAGCGUCCAAUCCAUCAGCGGCAAGAAUUCUUCCAACCUUCCAUGCACUUGGGCUGGCAUUUCAUGCAUUAAUGGAAGUGUCAGCAAGUUGAAUCUGUCAGAGUACAGCAUAAAAGGUAGCCUUUAUGACUUCCCAUUUUCAACCCUCCCAAAUCUGGAAUAUCUUGAUCUUAGCCUGAAUCAGAUCUUUGGCAGCAUACCUCGUGAAAUAGGUAACUUGUCCAAGCUCAUUUAUCUUGAUUUCUCAGUUAAUGAUUUGUCACAUGAAAUCCCACCUGAAAUUGGCAACUUGAGAAACUUGACUCAUUUAGCUCUAGGAAGAAAUCAACUUUCAGGUACAAUUCCUGACGGAAUUGGAACUCUGCAUAAUCUGAUUGAACUUUAUCUGAACAACAACACUUUGAUAGGUCCAAUUCCAUCCACUUUUGGCAACCUCACCAAGCUAGUGAAGUUAUAUCUUUUCCAAAAUCACCUAUAUGGUCCCAUUCCCAAGGCGAUGGGAUAUUUGAUCUCACUCCAGUUUCUUAUGUUGUAUCGAAAUAAUCUUACUGGUGCAAUCCCAAAGUCACUGGGUAAUUUGACCAAUUUAACACAUCUGUAUCUCUAUGAGAAUCAACUCUCAAGUCCAAUUCCAAAAGAUUUGGGUGGCCUCAAAUUCCUUACCGAAAUGGAAAUAGGUGGGAACCAACUUAAUGGUUCUAUUCCUGUUUCAAUUGGUAAUUUGAGUAACUUAAACAAACUGUAUCUCCAAGCGAACCAAUUUUCUGGUACCAUACCAGAAGAGCUUGGAAACCUGAAAAAGUUGGUAGUUUUGGAAAUGGAUCAAAAUCAAUUAUCUGGUCCAUUGCCAGAUCUACUAUGUCAAAAUGGAACCCUCCAAAACAUUACUGUAUCUGAGAACAUGCUUACAGGUCCAAUCCCUAGAAGCUUGAAAAAUUGCUCAAGCUUAAUUAGGGCCCGCUUCAAUGGGAACCAUUUCCAUGGAAACUUGUCAGAAAUGUUUGGCAUCUAUCCAUUCCUGGACUUCAUAGAUCUCAGCAACAACGCAUUCUACGGGGAACUCUCUGGCAACUGGGGAAAAUGCAAAAUCUUGACGACCCUGAUGGUUGCAAAGAACAACAUCACAGGUGGUAUACCUCCAGAAAUUGGAACUUUAACUCAAUUACAAGCACUUGAUCUUUCUUCAAAUUAUUUAUCUGGGGAGAUACCAAGAGGAGUUGGGAAGUUGGCGUCUAUGCUUAAUCUAUAUUUGCAUGACAACCAACUCACUGGCAGUAUACCUCAGGAGUUGGGAAUGCUAACAAAACUUCUUUAUCUAGACCUGUCCACAAACUCCUUGAAUGGAUCUAUUCCAGAACAUUUGGGAGAUUUCAGGUACUUGUUUCACAUGAACUUGAGCAACAACAUUUUCACCCAAAAGAUUCCAUUCCAAAUUGGGAAGUUGACCCAACUUUCUGAACUGGAUUUGAGUCGAAAUUUCUUCACAGGAGAGAUACCAUCUGAGUUCCAAAGCUUGCAAAAUCUGGGAACAUUGGAUCUCUCACACAAUAACCUCUCUGGUGUAAUCCCAAAGGCUUUAGUAAAAUUGCCUGGUUUAUUGCACAUUAAUAUUUCAUUCAAUAAUUUAGAGGGUCCAAUUCCGAGUGGUAGAGCCUUUAUGAAUUUAACCAUAGAGGAAGUACAGGGAAAUAAAGGUCUAUGCGGCAAUAUUACAGGGUUACCAGCUUGUGGAAGUUCCCCGUUGAUUAAAAAGCAUGUCAAGGAUAAGCAGAAGAAACUUCUUGUCACAAUUUUAUGUCCUCUUCUGGGAUCAUUCCUACUUCUUUGUGCAUUCUAUGGUGGUCUCAGAUUGCAUGAUCAAUGGAGAAAAAGUUCAGGAACAGAAGAUAUGGAUAUGAAGAAGGGCAAUAUUUUUUCUGUAUGUUCUUAUGACGGGAAAGCAUUAUAUAAAGAAAUAGUAAUGGCUACAGAAGAGUUCAAUGACAUAUUUUGCAUUGGGAAAGGGGGUUAUGGAAGUGUUUAUAGAGCAGAGCUUCCAUCAGGCGAUGUGAUAGCCGUAAAGAAGCUUCACCAUGUGCCUGUGAUGGCGAUGCAUAGAAGUUUCUUGAAUGAGAUAAAGGCCUUGACAGAAAUCAAGCAUCGAAACAUUGUGAAACUCUUUGGCUUCUGCUCAAAUUCUCGGCACUCAUUUUUGGUUUAUGAGUACCUUGAAAGAGGAAGCUUGGCAAAAAUUUUGAGCAUGGAAGAAGAAGCUAUGGAGUUAGACUGGCAGAAGAGGUUGAAAAUCAUCAAAGGCAUCGCUCAUGCUUUAUCCUACAUGCAUCAUGAUUGUUCACCAGCAAUUGUACAUCGAGACUUAUCAAGCAACAACAUUUUGCUUGAUCCAGAAUAUGAGGCUCACAUUUCUGAUUUCGGCACUUCUAAGUUUCUGAAAGAAGACUCGUCCAAUUGGAGUUCUCUUGUAGGAACAUAUGGAUAUGUUGCACCAGAAUUUGCCUACACAAUGAAAGUAACUGAAAAGUGUGAUGUUUAUAGCUUUGGGGUCCUGACAAUGGAAGUAAUCAAAGGAAAGCAUCCUGGUGACUUGAUUGCUUAUCUAAUGUCUUCAAAGCCUGAAAACAUAGAACUGAAAGACUUGCUCGACCAAAGACUUCUGUACCCCAGUCAAGAAAUUGAAAGGAGUCUGAAAUCUGUUCUCAAACUAGUAAGAGCUUGUCUACAUGUUGAUCCUCAAUUUAGGCCAACAAUGCUCUUUAUUACCAGGUUGUUAUCAACUGGUGCAUCAUAUGAGUAAGAUCUUUGUGAGUAAACGUGGCCAUAUGAAUCUUUUUUUUUUCAUUUUUCCUUUUCUGUUAAAUUAAUAGAUGCAGCAGAUAUGUAGAAUCUGAGUGAUGUUGCAUUAUUCUUGCCUCCUGUUAAAUGCACACUGCAGUGCCUCCUUUUCCUACAGGAUAGUACUAUCAGGCAUCAGCAGAAGAUAAUACGAUGAAUAUGGCAGCUUAGUUAGAGGAUCAAGUUUCUGCGUAAACCAAGUUGUCGUGGCAGCUUCAAAAAGGAGGAAAAAAUAAAAAGGUUGUUGUGGCAGCUGUGUAGUGGAAAGUGAGCUGCUGAGUAUGUAUUGUGUGAGAAAAUAAACCAUCAUAGCCAAUAGACUUUCAGGAGUUUUGUUAGGGGAAAAUUGAUGCCAAAUAUGGUAUAGUGAUCAGAUCUAGUGAGUGGUUGCUAGUAAUGCCACUAGUGAGUGGUUGUCUAGAGUGAAGAGGUGUCUUUUCCUCCUCUGGCUCUGGUACGGCUUUGAUGAUAUUUGUUUCG